CAAGUUGCUGGGGUGAAACGUACCACCUCAAACCCGCUCAAAAGGCACUGCGCUAGGCUAGUUUCUUCGCAUAGCAGCCAAUUCGCAAACCAAGCCCGCAGAAUGCUUUAGAGAGCGAGCAACGCCUGAGCUCCACUACUGUGCAGGCAGGCCUCUUCUCAGACCUGCGCAGCAUCUCCCAAGCCCAACAACACCGGCUGCCGCAAUCGCAACCCGUUGUCGACAUGGUGCCGGCAUUUCGCUCCCCAGCCUCAGACGGGACUUCUCGGGCAAGCUCUCAGAGCCCAGCUCAAGGGCCCCUGCGUGAUGAGAUGUCGGAUCUUGAGGCUACGUACCAGGAGAGCACCAUCCGGGCGGGCGAGGAAGUCGACUAUUUCGCCGCCCAGCUCGACCGUUACAGCACCGAUCUCACCGGAUCCCCGGCCGAGAAUCGCGCGCACGUUUUCAAGCUCGUCGACUCCUAUUACACUUACUCGCGCAAGAGAGCCGACAGACUGCGUGAGAACCGACCUAGAGAUCGAUCCGGGCGAGGAGCGAGUUGGCAGACGGCUGGUUCAGCUGACAUGGACAUCGACGAAGCCGACGACAGCAACUCUGGCGCCACGCCCGAAGACGUCCGCCGUGCGGAAGAGGAGGCUCAGACGUGGGAUCUCUUGCGCCGGAUCCUUCCCUUGCGGUACCGCGACACGACCGCGGCACAGCCAGCACCCGCGGGCGACAACUCGGCCAGGACGCGCAGGCAGUGGUGGAACGAGUUCUUGAUCUCCGAUUCGACCGCGCGCGAGAGGAAGAUUGUUCUCGAAUGGCUCCAGAGUAGUGCCAGUUACCGACCGCCCAUCGACGAAGUCGUUAGCGAACUCCAGCAGAAUGCCGAGAGAGGCGACAUUGUCGCACACGGCUGGCUUCAUACCCGCCACAAAAUCAAGCUACAAAAGUCCGUCAACGGCUACCAAGGCGUCCUGGAUCCGAACGACGCCGCAGCCGCCAAGUCGCACCUCGGCUCCAGCACCCUGGUUACGCAGCUGGAUCCGGACGCGGUCACCCGUCAGGCCCGCAAGCUGGAACCUCAAGACGAAUUUUUCGAGCGCGCCAUCUGGCUGGGAUGCUUUGAGAUGCUUCGUCGCGGCUGCCCCAUGUCCAAGAUUAGGGACUGGUGCUCCGAGAGAACAGAGCUUUGGAGGGCAGCAUCGAUUGCCCCUCUACCGCUUUCCAACCCCGAGGACGACGAGCAGCUCGAGUUCGAGCCGAGCUCGCUAGUGCUGUGGCGGAGAAUGUGCUUUGCCGCUGCUCGAGACGGCGGGACGGGAGACUACGACAAGGCGGUUUAUGGACUUCUGGCGGGAGACAUCGCCAGCGUGGAGAGGGUGUGCCGAUCCUGGGACGACUUCCUCUUCGCUCAAUACAACGCCCUUCUCAGGACGCAGUUCGAUCUGUACCUAACCAAGCACGGCGGGGCUGAUGCGGCCAGAGCCGCCGAGCGGUUCCCUUCUUUCAAUGCCGUCCUGCAUCACAGCGAUCCGAUGACGGUCAGCAAGCGUCUCAUUGCCUCGUUGGAGGCGGAUCCUAGGACCAGCAAGGAGGCGACACGCACUGCAAAGGCGCUACAAGGUGCCAUUGUCGCAAAUGAGGUCGAUCGACACCUCUUCCACCAAGGGGUGGUGCUAUCCAGACACGCAAAUCAGAAGCAGAAAUCGAAAUUGAUCCCCGAGGUCUCCCUCCCCCACGUGGAGAAACUCAAUCAAGACAAGUACUUUGACCUGUCGGACCACGAUGGCCUCCGGGUGUUGGCCCACGUUCUGAUCAUCAUCUCGACGCUGGACCACCUUAGCGGCUUUACAGAGGACCGGGGCGGCCUCCAGGUGCGGCACCAGGCCCAAGAGAACAUCAUCGCCGCCUACAUCAGCUACCUCCGGCUUGCCAACCUGGAGGAAAUGAUUCCGCUGUACUGUUCCAAGCUGCAGGGCGCCCGCAUGUAUGAGACGCUGAGCAGGAAUCUCAUCCACAUCGUCGACAAUGACGCCCGGGUACACCAACUUACCAUAAUGAGGAAGCUGGGGCUCGAUUUGGCCGAGUUUGUGACGAGCCAGCCGCCGAUCUAUCUGGGCGAUGUCCAGGACAGUUCUCUGCGCUGCGAAGCCAAAGGCCAGUUCAAGAUCCUCGAGAACGGGCCGGCUACACUUAAGUACGGCCGGGUUGUGAAGCCCGAUUUCUUCGGGGAGGACGCCGAAUUUGUCGACCAAGAAGACGAACUGAUCAUCCGUGCCAUGGAAUGGCUCAUGUGCGUUCCGGGGCUAUUUGUGGAGACCUGCACCUAUGCCGUCCGGGUCUACAAGUAUUUCCUCAAGCGGAUGCGGCUGCGGGCUGCCCGCGCCUUCAGCCAACGGGUUUCCGGGUGGGAGAUUGCGAGGACCAAGUCUCCUGUGUUGGUGAAGGAGGCGACUGAAAAUCCGGGGCCCGGCUGGUUUGAGGAGUUCGUCAGCGGAGAAUUUCCGGCCGACUUCCUAGCAAUAUGCCAGAUGGACAAGGAGAAGCUCAUCAACCUCGUGCGGAACGUUUGGGAACUUGAGUGUCUCGUCCGCGCACUGGAUUCGAUAGAGACUUUGUCCUCGGUGGCGGGGCUCAGCAGGGAGGAAAGCAACGCGUCGCGCGAGAUGUGGCGCGCCACAAGUCAGGAAGUCCGCUCGGCCAAAGCGUGCAUGCAGCCCGUGCUGAGGAACUGGCUGUUGGUAUCCAAUGAAGUUGACGAGGACUUCCAAGAGCUCCGUGCGGCCUAUAUCCCGGAGACCGUGCUGGCUUACAUCAGCUGCCUGCACUUUGCGGGCACAUCGCUAUCGCGCGACAACCUACUAGAGUGCAUGGAGCUCGCGGCAGUGAUCGCCGAGAAGGGCUCGGAUGUGGCCCAGGAGUUCAUGGCGUGCAACAGAAUGAAAGAGCUCGUCGAGGCCUUUGCAUCGUGCAGCAAGGCGCUGGCGAUCUGGACCAGCGAUAAGAAAGGAUCGCAGACAAAUUCCAAGAAGAUCAGGGAGAUGGGAUGGUCCAGGGAGUUGUGGUCUAUCAAGCCAUAACGGCUGGUGAGGGUUGCGCAUCGAGAUGGACAGGUUCACGCAAAGCGUGAGGCUGAGAAGAGAUUGGGAGGGUAAAACGAGCGUUAUCCUCACCGUUACGCCUGUCCGAUGCCGACGGUGGAAAUGACGGGGCGCAUCCGAGGGCGGGCCUCGGCAGCACGACUGGGCCGGGACGGAACGCGAGCCUUGAGGAGUUUGCGGCCAUGGCAGGGAAGUUCAUGACGCUGCAUCGCUGCCAGCAUCGGCGGCCAGGGGCUGGGAGAUGGAGUGGCAGAUCAACGGAUGGAUGCAUGUCUUGUCUUGGUAGAGGCGCUCUGAGCUAAUAUUCUGGUGUUGACAAGGCUCUGCGUCGGUGCGGAUAUGUGGCGCAUCGGCAAGAGGGCGCGAUUGGCAAAUAUCACGAAUUCGGUGAAUCUUGCGAGGAAUACGGAAUACCGGAUAGCAAAACGCCCAGACGCAGGGCCCCGCACGCAGAUCCGCAAUGACACAACAAGCUAGCGAGACUCGAUGCGGGGACCGCGAGCAAGACAAGGCGUCCAACCGC